AUGUCUUGUGAGUUUGAACCCAAACCGAGACCUGAAGCCGUCGAGGUUUUACUCGUGUUUCAGAAUCUAUGGAGCAACAAUGGCGGGCGAUGUGGGACGUGUGGCGACCCCUAUCAGGGGCCCCUGGCAAACGAUGACGGCGGCCGGUACGACAAUGGAGUCAUCGGCCGAGUUUACAGACAAGGUAACGUCAUCGACAUCGACGUGGUGAUAACGGCCAAUCACCUUGGCUAUUUUGUACUGCGGCUAUGUGAAGACAGCAGCUUGUCUAAGGAGCCUCUACAGACCUGUCUUAACAAGCAUGUGCUGACGCUCGGGACGCCAUCUGGCGCUGCAUUGCGGUACUACAUCGGUGAUGAAAGUAAGACGUACCGGUUCAAAGCCACCUUACCGCCAGAUGUCACGUGUCGCCGGUGUGUGCUGCAGUGGGACUACAGAACAGGUACGUGUAACCAUGGUUACUUUUAG